GAUGCACUAACCCCUCUGCCACCGUGAAGCCCUUCUGAACAGCAGCAGAUAUUGUUUAAAUAGUCUUUACAGCAAUGCAGUUGACAUAUUGCUCUUGAAGAAUGCUACAUUUAGCUCUAAUCCCAACUUUAACCCUUGCCCCUUUAAUACUGGAGGAUUUAGUUAGCGGACGUCGCUACGUACACUUUGAUCCCUACAGUGCGCUCACCAGCACAAUGUAAUGAGAUAUAUGAGCAAUAUCACAUCUUUAUUUUUAGGAUAGGAUAGACUUUAUUUUAUCCCACAAUAGAACAAUGAUGUGGUUGCAGUGCAAAUACAAAAAGUCCACAAAAGAUAAGGUGAAAACAAGGGGGAAACAUAGAAAUACACAAAGGAGAAACAUGAAAGGAGAACAAAGCUGGUGCAACCAGCUGCCACUUCAGCGGCGCCAUUUCUACAUACUGCCACAAAGUAAAACACACCGGAAAACCCAAAAAUGAGCAAGAAAUAAUACAUAUUGCCCACGUACGAUUGCACCAUGCAUAGAAAACAAAACAAAAUAAAAACUCCCAUUACAACUCCCACAUACUGUACACCACGGUGACUGCAUUAUGCAGGGGUGUAGAACUGCAUUGCAUCAUACUGACCAGUGCAAACUAGAGCCACAAGGAUAAACAUAAUUUUUUUAUUAAUACCUUCCAAUACAUUUGUAGGUAGGUGAGGUUGGUUGUCACAUUCAUUGCAUAAUUGUUGCAUGGAAAUUGACAUAUUUAGGAACAUGGUUCCCCCGACAUGGUCUAGUCCAGAGGCGAGAGGACCUUUUGUGUUUGUAAUGUACUUGUUCUAGGCUUUUAUGCAAUGGCUUUAUAACAAAGCAAUUGUUCCCCUCAAAAGUGUGCAGGGAAUGCUAUAGUUUAGAUUAUUAGCUAGUUUACUAGUUUAACACGUUUGUUAGCCUUGAUGCUCGUGAGAAAGUCAUCACACACACCCAUAUACAGAGCCGGCCCAAGGCAUAAGCGUACUAAGCGCUUGCUUAGGGCCCCGCGGCCACCAGGGGGCCCCCAAAAGCAAUUAACAAAAAAUUCUUAUUUUUUAUUUUUUGCAUGUACAGUCUGACUGAUGAUUUCUAAAUGAUCAAAGAUAUAUUAUUGUACAAAAACACAAUUUUAGGUCAACAUUUUUGCACAUUGCUGUUUCAGGUUUUUGUUACCAAAAAUAAUAAAGUGAAUCAGAAUCAGCUCUAUUGUCCAGUUAUGUUUAACACACAUGGAAUUUAACGUCAGUAGACUGCGCUCUCUUUGUACAAAGUAAACAUUAAAUAUGAACAAUUAACUAAAAAUAUAAACUAGUAAUUAAAGACUAAUAUGUACAAGACUGAUGAGACAAGAUGACACUUUUACUGUAAAUACAAAGCUUUAUCACUUGGACUGUUCAACCCCAGGCCACUCUUGUAGCUGAAUGUUUUCUACAUUUUAAGAUUAGGAACCAUAUGUGGCACUCGAUCUGGACAUCAUUCGUUCAUUCAUUGGUAUUAUUUAUGUUCUUAACUGGGCCACCCCCAUAUCUUUAUAAAUCACAUGUCAUUUGUAAAGACAUGCCAGGCUGACAAUAGGAUAAUGUAAACAACACUGCCAGAGCCGCAAUGAGUUUAUAGUAAGUGUGUGAAUGAUCAACAAUCAAUAUUAUUGGCAGAAAUAGAGGGCCCCAAAAUCAAAUUUUGCUUAGGGCCCCAUGAAGGCUUGGGCCGGCACUGCCCAUAUAUACAUUAGGGCUGGCAUUUAAUACAUUUUUAAAAUCAGAUUAAUCACAUUUUAAUUAAUUGUGAUUCAUCACAGUAAAUGAUUUGCUUGUAACGAUUUUGGUUCAAGCAUUGACAUGAUCACUGACCAUAUAGCAACUUGCGCUGCCUUUAUGGUAACCAUCUGCAACUAAGGUGAAGGCGCAUGUGCAGUCAAGAUAAACCGAGGGACCAAUCUGUGUUUAUACAUUUGAUGUGAUCAGUUUUAGGUCAUUAAUCACAUGCAUUAACGUGUUAACUUUGACAGCCCCAUUAUUAAUACAUUUCACAUAUACUGUACAUUGUGACAAACAACUCCAUGAUGGUUGUCGGAAUGUUUCUGAGGGCCUGGUAGUUUAUUUACUUCCUUGUUACUGUGAGUUGGAAAAUGAGAGGGAUACACAUUUCAAGCCAACAACUUCAGCUUUUGAUUAUUGAAAGACACUUUGACGAUGAGCGACUGGCACAAGAGUAAAAACUGACAACAAAUCCAGUUCUCCCCUUUGUAAAACGAGCCUUGUGAAAGUAUCAGUAUAUUUAGGGGUUUGGCACUUCCUCACCCUGAGACUAUAAAAUCUCUCUAAACUUUUAGCAUUUGCCAGCAGUAUUUCCUACAAUUCAUGGUUAUGGCCUGGUGGUGGAUGCUGGUACCAACAGAUGGCGGCAGCAACGUAAACAUGAGGGCCAAUGAAAGUUGCGGGUGCCAGCACUGAUAAAGAAGCUGGAUCCAGAGAACACCGGUUACAUCGCAGUGGAGAACUUCACCAGCCUGGUGGAGCACCAUGAGCUGCAGCUGGACCCCUCCAAACUGGACAUGCUGCUAGCGCUGGUGCAGAGCAAUGAGGAGGGCCAAGUGUGCUACCAAGAGCUCAUAGAGCUGAUGAGCAGCAAGCGCUCCAGCAGUUUCCGACGAGCCAUCGCCAAUGGCCGCCGCACGCUGCAGAGGGAGAUCCUGUUGGACGAGACGGGCCUGGGCCUCUAUAAGCGCUUUGUCCGCUACGUGGCCUAUGAGAUCCUGCCCUGCGAGACGGACCGCCGCUGGUACUUCCACCAGAACCGCCUGUGUCCGCCACCCGUCUUCAUCGCCGUCGUCACCAUCGUCCAGAUCAUCGUGUUCAUGUGCUAUGGCAUCAUGCUAAACAAGUGGGUGCUGCAGACCUACCAGCCUGACUUCAUGAAGAGCCCCCUGGUGUACCACCCAGGCCACCGCGCUCAAGUGUGGCGCUUCUUCAGCUACAUGUUCAUGCACGUCGGCUUGGAGCAGCUGGGCUUCAAUGCUUUACUGCAGCUGAUGAUUGGUGUUCCUUUGGAGAUGGUCCACGGCGUCUUACGAAUUAGUCUCCUUUAUAUGGCGGGAGUGCUGGCUGGCUCACUGACAGUGUCCAUCACCGACAUGCGUGCUCCAGUGGUGGGGGGCUCCGGCGGGGUCUACGCUCUCUGCUCGGCACAUUUGGCCAACGUCGUCAUGAACUGGGCUGGGAUGAGGUGUCCAUACAAGCUGCUCCGCAUGAUCCUGGCACUAGUUUGCAUGAGCUCGGAGGUGGGCCGAGCAGUCUGGCUGCGCUUCUCCCCACCUCUGCCUUCCUCCGGGCCCCAGCCCAGCUUCAUGGCCCACCUGUCGGGCGCUGUGGUGGGUAUCAGUAUGGGGCUCCUCAUCUUACGCAGCUACGAGGAGAGCCUGCAGAAGCAGUGCUCCUGGUGGGUCAUCGUCUUCUCCUUCAUCACCUUCCUCCUCUUCGCCAUCUUUUGGAAUAUCUUCGCCUACGAUCUGCUGGGCGUGCAGAUCCCCCCUCCUCCCUGAUGACGGACUUCAAACAGGUUUUCCCCCAUUAUUUUACCCAUCAGAGAUGAAAUCCAUCACAGCCCAGUUGUUUUUGUACAGAUACUUUGCAAAAGGAAGAAAUAAGUCUCUUUUAUUAAAGAGGGUAGCAACAAGUGCAAGUUUUUCCAGAUCCAUUUUGACAAGCUUCUUUAUCUUUUUUGGACACAGCGUGCUAAUACUGUCUCAACAUUUCGCUGCUGUGCUUCGUCAAAAGCUUUCAUUUCUUGACGCGUGCCUCUGGUGAAACAAACGAGCAACAAAAAAAAAAGCACAUUUUAUUUCCCUCAUGUUUGGUAAGCGAUUCAAACGUCUUUUUUUUUGUUUGUUUUGGUCUAUCCUCAAGAUAUCUGCUUUGAACCAACACUGUGCAUUCAAAAAACACGGCUCACGUUGUGGCAAGAUGUACAUUUGAGUUAUGGAAGUAACCAUGGCAACGGGGGAUGAGGGAUAACAAGGCCAACGACACUGGUGAGGUCAUCGCUUCAAUGAGUGGAAUCCACUUAUUGCUGUGUAAAUUAUGCCGCACGUGUAUACGAAGUAGCCCAAAAUGAUUUAUACCCUGGACAAGAGUGAAAUAUUUACUUACAUUCUAAGAAAUUGUUCAAUAGUUUUUAAAUCUACUUCUUCUUCUAAUGGAAACUAAACCGAAUAUUUUGAAUAUAUUUUGUUGUCAUGAUUGUAGCUGAGAUAGGCUCCAGCGACCCCAAAGGGAAUAAGCAGUAGAAAAUGGAUGGAUGGAUGGAUAUACAAUAAAUUAAUUAUCGUAAUAUAACAUAUUGAUUAUUUUAUAUUAAUAUUUUUUAUUUAUUUAUUUAUAUCAUUUUAUUUCAUUAUAAUUUUAUUGUUUAAUUUAAUUGUAUUCA